UUGUUGUUGUUGUUUUUGUUGUUUUCUUUCAUUCUUCCUUGUCUUUAUUUUUGAGGAAUGAUCAUGGAACCUCGUAAACUCUUAUAUUGUGGCAUUUGCACCAUGCCUCCUGAAUAUUGUGAAUUCAGUGGCACUCAAGAAAAAUGUAAAGAAUGGCUUCAAGAUCACCAUCCAGAUAUUUAUAAUACCGUAUAUGGUGAAAAGGAUUUAGUACAGGGAAUGGAACAAGUGACAGUGACAGAUGAUAAUGAAGGCAAAUCAGAUCGUACUUUUGUCAAAGACAAAUCUGCAAAAUUGGAAGCCAAAUUGGAACGUGAAAACAAAAAGAAGAUGUCUUCCCGUGUUACAAUUAAAAGAGUAGAACGAACGAAACGAAAGCGAAUCACCACCAUUCAUGGAUUAGAUAUUUUUGGUGUUGAUUUAAAAAAAGCAGCCAAAUUAUUUGCUAACAAGUUUGCUUGUGGAUCAUCAGUGGCUAAGAAUAAUCAGAAUCAAGAUGAAAUUGUGGUGCAAGGUGAUUUUUCAGACGAAUUAAUUGAAUUGAUCAUUGCUAAUUGGCCACAUGUACCUGAAGAUAAUAUUGAUUAUAUUGAAGAACAAAAGAAAAAGAAGGCACCACAAUAGUAAAUCUAGUCUCUUUUUAAUAUAAUGAAGAAAUAAAUAAAUAAAAAUACCAUGAAAUGUUUUCUCGAUUG